UAUCACACAGAGAAUCAAGCAGUCCUCCUGCCGUGUGUUAAAGUAAAUCCAUGGCUUCCGCAGUAGUUAGACGAGCAAAGCCGUCGGCUUUUAAGUCCGCGGUCGACGCAGGCCUCCGAAUCGCAGGAUCUUCGAGGUCCUACGCCAAGGUCGCCGUUGGGGCCGAUUUGGUCUCGGCGGCACCCGAUGUGGCCCUCCAGAAGGCUCGCAGCUGGGACGAAGGCGUCUCUUCCAAAUUCUCAACUACCCCUCUCAAAGACAUUUUCAAGGGCAAGAAAGUUGUCAUCUUUGGCCUCCCAGGUGCAUACACAGGAGUUUGCUCCCAGCAGCAUGUCCCGAGUUACAAAAAGAACAUCGAUAAGUUCAAGGCUAAAGGGAUCGAUUCAGUCAUUUGUGUGGCCGUUAAUGAUCCUUAUACAAUGAAUGGAUGGGCAGAGAAACUUGAAGCUAAAGAUGCUAUCGAGUUCUAUGGAGAUUUUGAUGGGAAAUUUCACAAGAGUUUGGAGUUAGAGAAGGAUCUAUCUGGUGCUUUGCUUGGACCUCGAUCCGAAAGGUGGUCGGCAUUUGUUGAAGAUGGAAAAGUUAAGGUCCUUAAUGUUGAAGAAGCGCCGUCGGACUUCAAGGUCUCUGGUGGAGAGGUUAUUCUAGAACAGAUAUGAAUGGUUGUGGGUUACGAACAUCGUAACAAGGGUUGGAAAUAACACGCCCAGCUGCUGCUGAUGAAGAUGUUGAAUCUGUACGCAGUUUGGUGUUUCUGAGAAUGGUUGUUUUUGUUUCAUUCCAUGAAACAAUGUAGGCAACUCCGUUUCCUGGUGUUUUAAGCAAUACAUUUGAGAAUCAACCUAGUGGUUCUUUCCUCAUCCCUUCGCCUUCUAUUUUGCUUGAAAGCUGCACACUGAUGCA